CUAUGUUAUUGUGCUAAUAGUGUGUCAUCAACUCAUCAGGAACCAGGCUGGGAGCGACCAGCAAAUGUGAAAAAAUAAGAGUACCAGAUCCGUGUUGACAUUUGUUCAGGUGACAGUGGAAGAGAAGUUAUAAAGACUGUUUUUAUGAAGAAGCUGUCACAAAGUUAACACGACAGCGGGACCUGCAAACGGACUCCAGCUGCUAAGCUACGUUGAUCUCCUUUAGCUGGACUGUUAGCACUGCAGGCUAACUGGCUCAGUCCCUGCACACCUGUGUCGAGGAGAGAGAUGUCCUGCAGCUUGUUGGAGUUUUGUCGGCUCCAAGAGCUAAAGACGGUCAGGGACUAUUUGUUCAAGAGUCAGCAAAGUGAGCAAGCGGAGGAGAAAAGUCAAACAGAAAAUGAGCUGUCUUGGGACACCUCUGAUUGGGAGUCGGCAUGGGAGAGUGGUGAAAACAAAGAGGAGGAAGCUUCAUCUUCCAAAACGGUGGAGGAGGACACCACAGGGCAGAGUGGACCCUGGCUGCAGGACUGUGUGGUGUCUCUGUCACCCUGCUCAGACCUGCUCGUAGUGGCCCGGGAACAAAAGGCGGUCUUCCUCUCAGCUAAGUGGCGUUCAGACGGCAGCGGCAGAGAGGAGAUGACUCUGGCUGUGUCCUGGACUGGAACCCUCAGCACUGAUGAAGGAGAGUGUGUGAGCAGCUCUAUCUGUAUACCAUUGGCAAGCCAGAAGAGGAGCUCCACAGGGCGGCCUGACUGGACGUGUGUGGUUGUGGGUUUUACUUCUGGAUAUGUCCGUUUCUACACAGAGAGCGGGGUUCUGCUCCUGGCCCAGCUGCUGCAUGAGGAUCCUGUACUGAGGCUCAAAUGUCGCACGUAUGAGGUCCCUCGUCAUCCAGGAGUAACUGAACAGCAUGAAGAGUUGAGCAUCCUCUACCCUGCCGCCCUGGUCACCAUCGAUGGCUUCAGCCUCUUUCAGUCUCUGCGGGCCUGCAGGAACCAGGUUGCAAGAGCUGCAGCAGCAGGAAGUGAUGUGAUCCAGCCUCCUCCUCUGGCCUAUAAGAAGUGGGGUCUGCAGGAAAUGGACACCAUUGUGGACCACAGUAGUGUGGGCGUCAUGACGCUGUGUGUGUUUGACCAGAUGAAAAAUGCGUCCAUUCUUGGGGGGUUCACUGCUUCAGUCAAGGGAAACCCCCCGGCCAUGAGCCAGUAUGUCACAGUGGGAGGUGGGCCAUACACAGGAUUCUUCUAUGCUGUGGAGGGAAGCUCGCAGCCUCUGCUCUCUCACGUGGCUCUGGCUGUGGCCAGUAAACUCACCUCAGCACUCUUCAGCGCUGCCAGCGGAUGGUUAGGUUGGCACAAGAAUAAGAAUGAAGAAGAGACGGUUCAGAAACAGAAGCCAAAGGUGGAGCCAUCUACGCCAUUAGCCAUCAGAUUUGGUCUCCCAGACUCCCGUCGUCAUGGUGAGUCCAUCUGUUUGUCCCCCUGCAACACCCUGGCUGGAGUGACAGAUGAUUUUGGUCGAGUCACACUGCUCGACUUGGCAAGAGGAAUUUCCAUUCGCAUGUGGAAAGGUUACCGAGAUGCUCAGCUGGCUUGGCUGCAGGUUCCAGAGGAGCGAGGUGAACGGGAGUUCUCCCCCUCUGCCUCCCUCCCCAGACGCCACGCUCUCUUCCUGGUCAUCUACGCUCCCCGCAGGGGGAUCCUGGAGGUGUGGGCGAUGCAGCAGGGGCCUCGAGUCGGGGCUUUCACUGUGGGCAAACACUGCAGGUUGCUGUACGCUGGCUACCGUCUGAUGGGGGUGAACAGCGUGACCAGUCAGGGCUGGCAGCUUCACACGCAGCAGGUGUGUCUGCUGGAUCCCAUCACAGGAGCACUGAGGACAGUGAACAUCCCCUUCCACCUAGCCCUCAGUGACAAGAAGAGCGAGCGAGCCAAAGAUAUGCACCUGUCGAAGAGACUCACAGCUUUACUGAGGAGCAGAGAGGUGGAGCCUGAUAUUUUGGAGACUGAAGCCAAAAACGUGCUGCUGGAUAUCAAACACCCUGCAAUCAAAAAGCAGGCUUUGGAGUCUCUGCUGUCAAACAAGAACGCUCCGGUGUCAUGCCUAAUUAAUGUCACAUCUGCCUUAUAUGACACCCUGAAGCAGCAAGACCAGGAGGAGGUGGAUACAGCAUUACUCCAGCUCUGUUCUUCACAGCUCAAACUGCUUCAGCUCUACACAAACAUCCAGCAGCUGCACUCUGCUGCAGACACAGAGGCCUGCUCUAAAGAUCAGGACUCCCUCGAUGGCAUAGAGGAAGAAUUGAGCCGUGUUGGCCCGACCUUACAACGCUAUGCACAGCUCACCUCCAGACCCAGUGUUUCCUUCGCUCAGGACUCGCCUGACUCACUCCUGCCCGCCCAAGCGUUUCUCUCCCAGAUCGAGUGCACCGAGGACGGGGAGCUGAGGGUGAUCAGAGGGUCUGACACUGAGUGGAAUCAGCUAGGAAACUUCCUGUUCUGGGGUUGUCUAUGUGGAAAGAGCCCACUCCACAAAGUGUGUGACACACUGCAGCAGGCUGGCAUCAGUCCACAGCAGCUUCUGUCUCUGUUGCUGAGUGUGUGGUUGCAGAGAGAGAAAGAGGUGCUACAGAAACCUGGAGAAACUGUCAGGAACCUGCACACACUACUCAUCGCCCUCAGCAGCAUGAAAGGUGCAGUUGAGGAGUCGUGGGACCCUCAGUCUAUCUCCCCCUGGUGGCAGCAAGUUCGCUGUACAUGUAUCCAGUCUCACAAUGCUGCUGCCGCUCUGCUAGCUGCCUUUGUCGCUCACCGCGCGGCUAAGGCUAGCAUCACAAGCCUGGCCGACAGCAAGUUGCAGUCAGAGUGGGAGGCCGUGUCAUUAGAGCUGGAGCAGUGGGUGGUGUGUGUCCACCAGCUGGAGGACGUGUUGGUGCUGCAGACUCUGCUGCUGGUGCCUCCUCCUCAGGGAGCAGCAGGAGGCGCUGCUGCACAGUGCUCCAUCAAACUUUUGCUGGAGGGAGGCACAGGUGGCAUUGCAGACAGUGUGUCAAAGUGGGUGUUCAGGCACAGCUUGGCACCUGAGCGACUAAAGGAAAUUCUCCCUAAGAGAGAAGACAAAGAGGCGGAUGACAAACCGGAGCAGAAGGAGGAAGAGGAAGUGAAGGAGGAGAAGAGCCAAGAGGAAACAGACAGGACAGCAGAGCUGUUGGUGGCAGUCUGUCAGCGGUUCCCACACUCUCUCUCACCGGACUUGCUCUUUGCCCACUGCUGCUGGGAAUACGUGGUGCAGUGGAACAAAGAUCCUGAGGAGGGUGGAUAUUUACGCUGGGCUGUGGAACAUUUGAAGCUGGUCUCCAGUCCACACAUCCAACUGGGAAUCUCUUCGAUGAUGUGGAGUACGUUCAUAGUGAAGCGUUUCUCAUCAGCAGCCUACCUCAUUGAGAAGGUGGGGAAAGCACCUAAAGAUCGCUUGUGUCGACGGGAUGUCGGGAUGGGAGACAAAGCCGUGACGUCUUUCCUGGGCUGCUGUGUGCAGCUGCUGCAGAUCCUCAUGGAGGUGACUGGAGUGUUGGUUAAAAAUCAGUACCCUUUGUCUUUUAUCAAUUAUUAUUCCGACUCGGCAGUGGAGGAGGUCUCUGCUCCGGAGCUGUCUGUGGAGGAGGCGUGGUGCGGGGCCGAGGGUCCUGCCUCUAUAGCUGAACUGGCCCUGGAGCAGAGAGGGGUCCACUACCCCCUGGUGCAACACCACUGCCUGUUAGCCUCGCUGCUACAUGCUGCUAUGACCUUCGGUGUAAAGGUCAAACCCCUCAGCUUGUUUGACAGUAAGGGAAAGAAUGCUUUCUUCAGAGAUCUGACAACCAUCCAGCUGAUGCCCAGUGGGGACAUGGACCCGGGCCUGGUCUCUCUACGGCAGGAGUUCCUCCUGCGGGUGCUGACCGGCUGGGUGCAGGCCAUAGACGAUCCUUCCAGCUCAGCCUCUGCCUCAGGGUCCCCCCCUCUGCCCUCUAAUGGCCCUAAGGCUGACUGGUGGCCCUCGCUGUGUCAGGAGCUGGGCUCCCUCCUACAGGUCAACCCCGACAUCCUGAAAAGACACCUGGUCUGUGAGCUCUACAACCAGGGCCUGGACCCCCGCGCUGAAGAGGUGAUGAUGGAAGUGGAAGAUAAAGAUGUGCUGGGCUCCCAGCUGCUGGUUCUUACUGGUCAGAGGCUGAGCUACUCACUCCUCCACAGCCAGAGCCAGACGCAGCCGGCCAUGGAGCUGCUGGCCCGCCUGCCUCCAACACUCUGCACAUGGCUCAAGGCAAUGGACCCCAGCGAGCUGCGGUGCCCUCUGGUCCCCCUGCCUCAGACCAGUCGGCUGGUCGGUCGUCUGAUUGAGAUCCUGCCAGAGAACCACGCUCAGUACAGCCUGGCUCUGCACCUCCUGGAGGCCGUGGAGGCCCUCACCUCCGACGACUGACCCUCUGUUGCCAUGGAGAUUUAGUUAUUCAGCUUCUUUAAAUCAGAUCAUUUCAUCCUCACAACAUAAUCAUAGACAGCAUCGAUGCAUGGACUGGAAACGCUUUUAACUCUUUGUAAUCCAUCAGAUGUUCAUGCAUGUAUUGUGAAUAUAGUUUAAUACCAUUGAGUAUCGUGGGAGGAUAUGUGUGUGUGAGUAGGAGAUGGUUAUUAAGAAAUGGUUUCUCUUCGUCUUCAUCUUCAGUCUGAUCCACUACAUCAGUGUUCAGUUUCCUUAACUUUGUGCCAUAUCAGACUUCUGUUUCUCCUCCUGCUCUCCCUCUAAUGUAACAUAAAGACAAAUGAACCUUAUUUUGUAUUUAUAGACCGUUGUUUAUAAGCUGUGCCUGUACACCUCCUGUUCUGUGGUCCUGCGUCCAGCUGCUCCCACUGGGCCCGUCCAGUGCAGAAUAAAGAGGUUUCUCAAA